CACAGAAACCAGGCUACAACACUACAGAUACAUAUCCAAUCGCAUCACAUCUUUUCGAUGUGAGUUCCAAGCCCCGCCGAAGGACCGAAAGCAACGCAAUCUGUGAUAGAUAAGGAGCACAUACCAGAAGGCAGAUAGUAGACUGCAGCUGUGAUAAAUCUAAACCGGAGACUAAAUAUUUAACUUGGCCAUGACGACGUCGAGCGAUGUGGUGGCGCAGCCAGAUAGCCAGGGCCAUAGCCAGAAAGAAAACGAGAACCAGAACCUCUUGUGCGACCCAGUGUUUAGUAGUGGCUUCGUUAGAAGAGAGUUUAAUGACAGCGGAAUUGCCGAUGGCAAGCUCCGCACCAUCUCGACUUCGUCUUGCGCCACGACCAUGUCCUCGGAUUCCUACCGCAUCUCUCUCGGCGUAGGGCCUCUGUGGUGGUCCGAUGUCCCUGUCCACCACAGAACAGAUCACGAUAGGGCAUCGCUCUUAGCGGGCUACAGCCGUAAGUCUUCGGUCGAUUCGGCUGGCGGCAGCCUCUACCAGGCCAGCUCCCGGGCGUCGUCGUUGUCGUCCUCCCAGUCGGAUUGCUCCGAUUUGGAGUCGCAGCCCGACAUCCACUCGCUGUGCUCGGACGAUGACUGCCAGGAAGUGCUACGCCUGAUCUUGCAGCACGACCAGCCGGUGCAGAUUACCAUCAAGCUGCAUGUGACCGAGGACCAGUACACCAAUUGGAACACGAUUUUGAACCCAGUCAACAACUUGUUGUAUGUCGCUCUGCCGAAGGAUCUUCCUCCGGCCGGCUCCAAGCAGACCUUCAUCUCGCUUUUGGAGUUCGCCGAGGAAAAGCUGGAGGUGGACGGCAUCGUUAUGGUCAUGCGCAAGGAUCAGCCGGAGCGGGCUCGCCUCAUCGAGGCAUUCCUGUUCAUGGGCUUCGAGCCCCUGUCUAGGAAGGCACCGCAGGCACCACCGACUGCCAUUAACGACAACGAGAAUCACUACUUCCUCUACAGCAUCGAGGAGUAGUUCGUUGGCAAGGGGACGAUUUUCGCAACAGAAACGACAACGAAGAAGAAGUAAUAUCAGCAGCAAUCCAACAAUAUUCUGUUCGUAGUAUCCGCAAAUAACUUUUAUUAGCUUACCGUAGAUCCAAUGACAUAUUGACCCCAAUGUGUUCAGUGAAAAGCAAAACAAUCCUUUUUGAGUCUUCGUGUUCUUGUAGUCGAAAAUCGUUUUGAAAUUGUCUUCGGAGCGGCUUCAUUUUUGGUAGACUUUCAAUUAUGGCCAGCAACGUUAAGAGCCUGAUCGCAAAUUACUAUAUUAAACUAUAUCGAAAAAAUCGAACGAAAAUGUAAAAAAAAAGUAGAAAACUAAAAAAGGUAAA